AUGGGUUCUAACAAGAUCUGGCUGCGUGCCGAGACAAAGCCCGCUGAAGCGCGCUCUGCUUUGACUCCCACCACUUGCAAGACUCUUAUGGAUGCUGGAUAUGAAGUCAUUGUGGAGCGCUCUACACAGCGCAUCUUUGAUGACGAGGAGUUCACCAAGAUUGGCGCCCCCCUCGUGGAGGAAGGUUCAUGGGUGAAGGAUGCCCCCAAGGACGCUUACAUCCUGGGCCUCAAGGAGCUCCCCGAGGAUGAUUUCCCUCUGGAGCACGUUCACAUCUCCUUUGCACACUGCUACAAGCAGCAAGGAGGCUGGGAGAAGGUUCUGAGCAGGUGGCCCCGUGGUGGUGGUACUCUUCUGGACCUCGAGUUCCUCACCGAUGAAGUUGGUCGUCGAGUUGCUGCCUUUGGUUACUCUGCUGGAUAUGCUGGUGCCGCUCUCGCCGUCAAGAACUGGGCUUGGCAAUUGACACACCCUGAGGGCCAACUCCUCCCCGGAGAGACUCCCUAUGCUAACCAGGAUCUCCUGAUUGCGUCUGUCAAGGAAUCCCUUGAGGCUGGCAAGAAGCAGUCCGGCAAGUCGCCCAAGAUCUUGGUUAUUGGGGCUCUUGGACGUUGCGGCAAGGGUGCUGUUCAGUUGGCCAAGGACGUUGGCAUUCCCGCAUCCGAUAUCAUCGAAUGGGAUUUGGCGGAGACCAAGAAGGGCGGUCCUUUCAAGGAGAUUGUCGAGGAUGCUGACAUCUUUGUCAACUGCAUCUACCUUUCCUCCAAGAUUCCCCACUUCGUCAAUGUUGACACCCUUAACACUCCUAGCCGACGUCUUUCUGUUAUCUGCGACGUUAGCGCCGACACUACCAACCCCAACAACCCGAUCCCUGUAUAUGACAUUACCACCACCUUCGACAAGCCCACAGUACCUGUCACUCUGCCCAGCGGCACCAACGGCACGCCUUUGAGCGUGAUUAGCAUUGACCACCUUCCAUCUCUCCUUCCCCGUGAGAGCUCUGAGAUGUUCAGUGAAGCUCUGAUGCCCAGUCUGCUGCAAUUGAAGGACCGCGAGAAUGCUCGUGUUUGGAAGCAGGCUGAGGAUCUCUUCAACGAGAAGGAAAAAACCACCACAGUUGCCGCGUACGCGGCCGGGGCGUCCCUCGCGGCUGUCGCUCUAUUUUACGUUUUUGGGCCCAACUACACCAUUGAUGGAGAUGAGUCGACUGGAAAUGAUCGCAAAAAGAAUAUCGUGGGACUUGCUAACCCCGCGAAUGACUGCUUUAUCAAUUCCGUGCUGCAGGCACUCGCUGGCCUGGGGGACUUGCGUCUGUAUUUGAUCCGGGAGCUUCAUCGGCGUGAGUUAGACGGACCCGAAGUCUACAAUCAGAUCCCGGAUCCCAAUGAGUUGUCACGGGAGGUGAAACCCGAUCGGAUCCGGGAGCUGCAACAGGGCACGAUUACAAGAGCCCUGAAGGAGAUGUUGGAUCGGCUGAACGAGCGACCAAUCUACAAGAAGACGAUCUCUGCGCGGAGCUUCAUUCAGGCUUUGGAAUACGCUUAUCGUACCCGCAUCAGCCGAAACCAGCAAGAUGCGCAAGAGUUUUUGCAGAUUGUAGCAGAGAGACUCUCCGAUGAGUAUCAUGCCGGCGUCAAAGCACGACAAAGAGCGAAGAACAACGCUCUUGAGCCCUCCCCGCCGGAGGCCAACCAGGAGGCACCGUCGGCGAAAAGUCCGUCGAUGGAGAUGGAAGUGCAGGUCGAUGACGGAACGGAGGCGGGUCUACCGGCUAUCAUCGAUACCAAGCUCAAGGAAAUCGACAGUGAAUACGGGUUCCCCUUUGAAGGUAAAAUGGAGUCGCAGAUUGAAUGCCAGUUUUGCCGAUACCAGUACAAGCCAAAUCAAACGUCAUUUGUCAAUUUGACGCUGCAGGUGCCGCAGAAGAACUCCACUACUUUAAGUGCGUGCUUUGAUGGACUACUGAAGACGGAGUAUAUCGAUGAUUUCCGAUGCGAUAAAUGUCGACUACAGCAUGCGCUUGAGGUGAAAUCGCGGGAACUGGCGAAGUCUCGCUCAGAAAAGGAUAGGGCCUCGCUUGAAGUAGAGAUAAAGAAGAUUCAAACGGCUCUCGCCAUAGAUCCGGAAAGCAGCUUGGACGGGGUUACGCUUCCACCAGCUGAGACGGCACCCAAACGUAAAAUUGCCCGGCACAUGCGGAUCACGGUAUUCCCCAAGGUCAUUGCGAUCCAUCUCUCACGGUCGAUUUUUGAUCGAAGCAGCUCCACAAAAAACGCAGCCAAGGUGUCAUUUCCGGAGCGCCUUCCGCUGGGAGGCAUUCUGAGCCAGAAGUACUUCAAGCUGUUGGCUAUCGUCUGUCAUAAAGGUAGCCAUAAUAGUGGACAUUACGAAUCGUUCCGACGGAAUCAUCUGUAUCCACCCUUCUCGACGCCGGACGUAUUCAGUUCCUACGCCCAGAGUAGAGGAACGAGCGAAAAUCCUUCGCGGGUGCCUAGCCCUUACCUUGCUGCUCGUACUACCCUUGACACGGAGUUGCCUGGCCUGAGCAUUUCCACUCCCCCCGAUUUCUCCCCUUCCACCCCCCACCUGAACGCUUCAUCAAUUCCAUCUCCUCGACCGACAACAUCGAGCUCCCGAGUUUCAUUCCAAAGCACCCACUCCAGGUCAUCAACCUCAAAGCAGAACCUUUCGCCAACAUUAGCCGCGCGCAGUUCCUCUCUCGAAAUCGGACGCUUGAGCCGCUCUGCUUCUCGAACCUCCCUCGCAGCCGCUGGACGAAACACGCCAACUUCAGGGCUUGAGACGGCAGCCUCGCGACUCCGUCGGCGGCGCAAACCGGUUGAUCGCUGGUGGCGAAUCUCAGAUGAAAAAAUAAAGGAAUGCAAGACCUCUGACGUGCUGGGCAUGCAGAAAGAGGUGUACCUUUUGUUCUAUGAAAUGGAAAAGCCAAACAAUGGGCCCGAGUUUUCCAAAGGGCCGUGA